UUGAAAAGGGCAAACAAAAAAAAAAAAAUAAAAAAAAUCGAAGUCCCAUCCUCCGACGAAUCUGAGAUCGUUCUUCUUCUUGUUCUUCUGUUUCUUGGUCUUACGUAAUCUUUUACAGUUCCAGUCUUCUUCUACUAUUUCUGUUUCCCGCAAAAACCCACCGAAUUUAUUCGUUUGUUUUCCCAUAAAAGUUCCUCAAUUUUUUUUUCUCAUCUUACUAAAUCAAGAUACGUAUAAAUCAAUCAAUCUGCAGCUUUUUAUACAUAUAGGAAUGUGUAAUGAAGGAAUGUGAUUUUUAACUGGGGCGAGGGUUUUGUUGUAUUAGGUUAUCAAUCUUAUGGUUUUCAUUGUUAUUUGAGGAAGAUUGGGAGGAGUGCGGAAAUAGUAAAUGGGGACUAAUAAAAGGGGAAUAACGGUGGCCGGGAAGAGCAGCAAAGGCGGUGGCUAUGGAUCUCGGCUCCCCGGGGCCGCAAUCCUCAUUUUUUGCUUAGUUGUCUCUCCCUCCUUCCUCUUCUUGGUUGGCCGCGGAAUCUUUUAUACCAGCUCAACCGAUCAAGACAAAAUCUCAACUAGUUCUAGAAAUCAGGAUCUUGAUUGGAGAGAGAGGCUGGCAUUGCAACAUGUUAAAUCUCUACUUACAAGAGAGGUGAUGGAUGUCAUUAAAGCCAACACAAAUGAUUUAGGGCCGCUAAGUCUUGAUUCUUUCAGGAAAACCAACCUGUCUGCAUCAUGGAAAUUCGUUGGACAAGAAACUCCUGCUGAGAAUAGUGCUUUGUCUUUUGAGAACAAUCAAAGAGGUGCGGCUAUUAAACAUGAUAUUUCUAGAAAUAAGGUUGAUGCCUCUUUAGAAGAGGAUCGAUCUCAAGUUAUUGAUGCACCUGCUAAAGUAGCAAGAAGGCAACUGAGACAGAAACGGCGUGAAAAACGUGCUGCUGACUUGGUAAAACAAGAUGAAGAAGUAACUGUGAAGCUUGAAAAUGCAGCCAUAGAACGGUCAAAGUCUGUUGACUCUGCAGUGUUGGGCAAAUACAGUAUUUGGAGGAAAGAGAAUGAGAAUGAGAAUGCUGAUUCGACUGUUUGCUUGAUGCGUGACCAAAUGAUUAUGGCUAGGGUGUACAUAAGUCUUGCAACGAUGAAGGACAAGCCGGACUUGGGCCGAGAGCUACAAAAUCGGCUCAAAGAAAGUCAGCGUGCAUUAGGAGAGGCUACCACUGAUUCCGAUCUUCACCAUAGUGCGGCUGAAAAGAUCAAAGCUAUGGGCCAAGUGCUAUCAAAAGCUAGAGAACAACUGUAUGAUUGUAAGCUAGUGACUGGGAAGCUUAGAGCAAUGCUACAAUCUGCAGAUGAACAAGUCCGCAGUUUGAAGAAGCAGAGCACCUUUCUAAGCCAGUUGGCUGCCAAGACCAUUCCAAAUGGAAUCCACUGCUUGUCACUGCGGUUAACAAUUGAUUAUCAUAUGCUUUCACCAGAAAAAAGGAUCUUCCCUAGAAGCGAGAAUCUAGAAAAUCCAAACCUUUACCAUUAUGCCCUCUUCUCUGAUAAUGUUCUUGCUGCCUCAGUUGUUGUUAACUCAACCAUCAUGAAUGCUAAGGAACCUGAGAAACAUGUUUUUCAUCUGGUGACUGACAAAUUAAACUUUGGAGCAAUGAAUAUGUGGUUUUUGUUGAAGGCGCACACGCUUGGAAAUUUUACCAACGCGAAGGAAGUUGAAAAGGACAAAAAAGGUUGCCAUUCAGAAGUUUGA